AUUCAAUAUUCAACCUAUGGUGAUUAUAUCAAAGUAGAACUAGAACCCCCUUUCCCAAGCUUAAGCUCCUCAAGGUAUUAUAAUUUGGUGAAACCACUCAGAUCUGAUCAUAAGCAAGAACAAAAUGGAAGAAGAAUCGUCAGUUGAACUGCUAGGGGCUUCGCCCAGUCCUUUCAGUGAGAGAGUCAUUUGGGGUUUACAGUUAAAAGGCAUCAAAUAUGAGUACAAAAAAGAAGAUCUAAAGAACAAGAGUGAAAUGUUAUUAAAGUACAACCCAGUUCAUAAAAGAACACCAGUUCUUGUCCAUGGAGAAAAACCCAUUUCAGAGUCCAUGAUUAUCCUCGAAUACAUUGAAGAAACAUGGCCGGAAAGUUACCCACUACUACCCAAGGAUCCUUACGAGAAAUCUGUUGCUAGGUUUUGGAUUAAAUUCAUAGAGGAUACGGCUCCAAAUGUUGUAACACUGCUUGUAACAACAGGGGAAGAACAAGAAAAAGCACAAAAUGAAAUUUCAGAAAUGCUAAAAACUAUUGAAGAAAAAGGUGGUCUUGGCGAAAAGAAGUUUUUCGGAGGUGAUAGAAUUGGAAUGGUGGAUUUGGCAAUUGCACCUGUAGCUUACUGGUUGGGAGCAAUAGAAGAAGUAGUAGGAGUCAAAAUAUCUGAAGCACAUAAGUUUCCAAAGUUUCAUGAAUGGAUUGAAAGUUUUAAGCAAGUUCUUUUGAUCAAAGAGAACCUCCCAAACUAUCAUAAUUUGUUGGAUUAUCUCACAGGCAUAAAGGAAAGGGCGAUAGCAGCGUCUCCGUGAUGAUAUGACUAUGAGAUAGUGUAGUCUAUCUGGAUUUAGUAUCCUUGUCAUUUUAUUGAAAUCUCUAGUCUUUUUGUCGUGUGUCUGACAAUUAUCUCAUUUUUUUCUGGUUCUCGUUUGAAUUUGAGCUUGGAUUUAGUAACUUGUGAACAAUUGUGAAACAGAAAAUGGGCUAUAUUGCCAAAAAGGUGAGUUUUCUGGGCCAUAUAGACAGUUAGGAUUCUGCCUGGGUGAAAUAGCCAAUGUAAUCUUUAAGUGAGGAGUUUACGUUAUUAUCCUUUUGGAAGGGAUAUCUUCUUCUCGUCUUCUCCGUCAAUCAUAAACCAGAUCUAAAAAAAGCCAACACCACCAUCGAUCUAUUUUUCCCAUUUCUGUUUUCUCCCAAACAAUCAUCUUGUUGCAACGCUGAAAAUGGUUUCUCCACCGUCUUCAUCAUAUAUUUCCACCGUCUACAUCAACAGUAUCAUCAUCUUUGUCCCCCUUCUACAUCAACAACAUCAUUACAGAUGAAAUUGAAGACUUCAUUGUUGAAAAUGGUUUCUCCGCCGUCUUCAAACACCCAACACCAACUCCAGCAUGAUAAUUAGGGUUAAACCGAUAAAUUUCACAAGAUGUCUCUUAAAACUCUGGGACUUUAAGUUAUAUCUUCAACAACUUUAUAGAAGAUCGGGCUUUUAGCGAGGUCGUUAGAGAAGCCAAGAAUGCUGGUUAUACCGAGCCAGAUCCAAGAGACGAUCUGUCUGGAAUGGAUGUGGAUAGAAAGGUCAUAAUUCUAGCUAGAGAAUCUGGUUUAAGACCGGAGCUUUCUGAUAUCCAAGUGGACAGCCUUGUGCCAGAACCAUUGAAAUCAAGUGCAUCAGCUGAGGAGUUCCUGCGGUGUCUACCAGAAUUUGAUCAGGAAGUCGCAAAGAAACGGCUUGAUGCGGAGGCUGCUGGUGAAGUUCUGAGGUAUGUUGGGGUAGUAGAUGUUGUCCAAAACAAGGAAUGAAUGCAGGGGAUGACAUUAUAGAUGUGCAGGUGAUGGUAAUUGUGGUUGGCAUGAGGCAGAGGUGAAGGAUCUGCAAUGGGUUACGUAAUCUGUUUUUAGUUCUGUUUCACGCACUAUGUUUUGCUCUGUUUCACGCACUCUGUUUUGCUCUGUUUCAGACACUCUGUUUUUUGCUCUGUUUUAAUUCGUAAAACAGAGCAAUUAAUUCUGUUUUUUUUUUGUACUCUGUUUUUAUUUGUACUAUGUUUUUAUUUGCUCUGUUUUUUUGUACUUUGUUCUUCUCCGAAGCAGUAAAGAUUUGUAAAAGAUAGGGACAUAUUUGUCUCUUCAGGUUAAUAAAUAAAAUAUAUUCUGGGUCAAA